CAACAUCUACUGCUGGAUUUCACCAGGAUCCCCCAGAUCAUCUUACAUCGCAUAGAGCACCUGCAGGAUUAUGUUGGAAAAGAGGUUUCCUCUGACCAGCUGCUCUGUGAACAGGAGAGGAAUUCAAGUUUGGACCAAGAGGAACGAGAAGCUCUGCAGAUAAAAGAAGAGCAGCUAAAGCCAGAAGAUCCCUGGACUAAAGAGGAAACCAUGGAGCUCCCCAUAAGGGAGCAUGAAGAGCAGCUUGAUCUGAAGCGGCAGACUGAAGAUACAGGAGAGAAACAUUUUUCAUGUUUGACGUGUGGAAAAAACUUUAAAAAGAGAAAAAAUGUAACCGAUCACAUGAGAACUCACAAAGGCCAAAAUAUUUAUGAAUGUCUUUACUGUGGAAAAGGCUUCACUCAGAAAACAAAUCUUAAAAUACACAUCCGAAUUCACACAGGUGAGAAGCCUUUCUCCUGUACAAUGUGUGGCAAAAGUUUUAAUCAAAUGGGUAAUUUCAAGGAACACAUUAGGACGCACACAGGUGAGAAACUUUUCUUCUGUAAAGAUUGUGGCAAAGGUUUCAAUCAUAAAAGUCAUUUGACCGACCACUUGAGAAUUCACACAGGCGAGAAGCCUUAUGAAUGUCUGUCCUGUGGAAAAAGCUUCACUCAGAAAUCUCAUCUUGAAACACACACAAGAAUUCACACAGGUGAGAAACCUUUCAUCUGUACAGCUUGUGGCAAAUGUUUCAAUAGUAAGAGUCAUUUCAAUGAACACAUCCGAACUCGCACAGGCAAGAAGCAGUUUACAUGUUUGUCCUGUGGAAAGAGCUUCAAUAAGAAAUCUAUUCUUGAUAAACAUAUCAGAGUCCACACAGGAGAGAAGCCAUUCUCCUGUACUAUUUGUGACAAAAAGUAUACUUUAAAAAGUAGUUUAUCUGAACAUAUGAGAACUCACACAGGAGAGAAGCCUUAUCAAUGUCUAUCCUGUGAAAAAAGCUUCAUCUAUAAAUCUGGUCUUAAUAAACACAUCAGAGCUCACAGUGGUGAAACGCUAUUACCCUGUACGAUUUGUGGCAAACAUUUUAAUGAAAGUAUUUUGAUUAAACACACGAAAACCCAUAUUUGUGAGAAGAUUUAAGGAAACCUUGUGGAAAAAGCUUUACUGAAAUUUAACAUCAAAAUUCACAUGGCUGAGAAGCCGUUCUCCUUUUUGAUUUGUGACAACAGUUUUAAAUUAAAGGGUCAUUUGAGUAGUCGCAUGACAUUUAUUCAUGCAUGAAGACAAAAGAAAAUUCCUGUCUCUGGAGUAAGGGUGUAAAUCACAUCCAUCAUGGCGAUUCGAUUCAGUAUCGAUUUCCUGACCCAACGAUUCGAUUAUUUUCGAUACUCAAGAAUACACCACGAUUCGAUUGAUUGUUUUUUUUUUUU